GUUUUUUUUAAAGUUAUUCGUCCUUAACUCUUGUUUUGUUUUUGUGUUAAAUUAAUUUAAUUUAUUAAGUUAAAGUGAAAAAAGCAAUAAAAAAGCAUGUAUAUUCAGGAAUUUGACAAUUACUGGAUCUCAGUAUAUCAGCAUAAGGAUCGAUUAAAGGAAAUAAGAAUUACAUUAGCGAUGUCUGAACAUUCAGCAGAACAUCAUAUCCACUUUUGAUCCAUUGAAAGUUCUGGAUUUUGAGUUGGAUCCUUUUUAUGGUGAAUAAUUCAUCAUUUUAGUCUCAGGUUGAAAUGAUCAGAAAAAGGAAAGUUGGAUCUGCUCAAUCAUAUUUAAAGUCAUUAAAAGCUUAAAUCAAUCAAACACACAAAUCUUUCAAAAUGGUUGCUGAAAUUAAAUAUGCCAAAUAGGAAGUAAGGUCCAAGUAUAGUGGAUUCGAUGUUGUCACAAAGUUCAUGCUGAUUACUUGAAAAUGGAUGUGAAGGAAUCAGACAAAUUUGAGGGAAAUGCAACCGUUCGUGCUAAGUCGAGCGAGAAAUAACGUAGCUGAUGUCGUUUGAAGGCGAAAUUAAAGAACAAGACAAAAAGGAAUUUAUGUUUGCAAUGAACAAGUUUGUCCAAUCGAUCGUGAAAUAGAUGAAUUGGUCAUAUAGAAGAGAGCAUCACUCGUCAAACAGAUAUGCGAGACAUUUUCUUAAUAUAUUUUUCAUCAUCUCGCUUCCAUCGAAUCUUUAUUCUACUGCUUGCUGUCCACCAUAUUUCGUGUGUUAAAGUAACUUGCACAUAUCGAGACGUUACUUGGGGUUCACAUUUUGAUAAUAAAAUUUACGAAUGCAACAUUCAAGACAAACUAGUCAUCACAGACCGAAGUCAAACUAUAACAAAUGUGUCAGAAGAAGAAGAACCAGAACCAGAAACAACAGCACUUACCACAACAAUGACCACAAUUGUUGUGGCAACCAAUAAGCCUGAAAUUGAAGCUACAACAAAAAUGGAAAGUUUCCUUGAUAAACUCAAAAAUUUCGAAAAGUCAACAAAGCAACAAGAAAUUAAGGAAAAUUCUAAAUUAAGGUUUCCUGUUUGGACAAAAGCUGCAAUUGGUGGAGCCACAUAA